ACCAUGCUUUGGCUGGGGAAAAUUCCAAGAUAUUGUACCCUCUGGGGUACUGAGAUGUCCAUCCGUACAUUCCAUAUUAAUAUCAAGAAACUAUUGUCCAUACAGUGGGGCCACCAGGAAAUACCUGCCAAGUUCAACUUCGCUAAUGAUGUGAUAGAUCACUGGGCCAACAUGGAAAAGGCUGGCAAAAGACCUCCACGUCCAGCCCUAUGGUGGAUGAAUGGCAGUGGGGAAGAAUUAAAGUGGAACUUCAGAGAACUGAGUGAAAUCAGCCAACGAGCAGCUAAUGUCCUCUCGGGAGCCUGUGGCCUGCAGCGUGGGGACCGUGUGGCAGUAGUACUUGGCCAAGUCCCAGAGUGGUGGCUGGUGACCCUGGGAUGCAUUCGGACUGGCCUUGUUUUCAUGCCUGGAACCAUCCAGAUGAAAUCUACAGACAUACUCUACAGGCUGCAGUCAUCCAAGGCCAGGGCCAUUGUGGCUGGGGACGAAGUGGCUCAGGAAGUGGAUGCUGUGGCCCCUGACUGCUCUUUUCUGAAAAUCAAGUUGCUGGUGUCUGAAAACAGGAGAGAAGGAUGGCUAAACUUCAAGACAUUGCUAAAGGAUGUAUCUACCACUCAUCACUGUGUGGAAACUGGAAGUCAUGAACCAGCCGCCAUCUACUUUACUAGUGGGACCAGUGGCCCUCCCAAGAUGGCAGAACAUUCCCAUUCCAGCCUGGGCCUCAAGGCCAAGAUGGACGCUGGGGAUGUAUCUACCACUCAUCACUGUGUGGAAACUGGAAGUCAUGAACCAGCCGCCAUCUACUUUACUAGUGGGACCAGUGGCCCUCCCAAGAUGGCAGAACAUUCCCAUUCCAGCCUGGGCCUCAAGGCCAAGAUGGACGCUGG